AUGGGUAGCGACGCGGGGUUGGAUGCUGCAGAUGCCGGUUUGAUUUCCUUAGUCACCUCGCAGGCUCUGGCCCAGGUGUUGUCUAAAAAUUCCAUCGAGUACCACGCGUCCCACACCCCCAAAAUCCGGCAAAUUUCACGUUUUAUUGCGAAAUGGCUUUACGCAUUCUACGCAAUCGAAGGGGCCCGUGUGUGGGUGCGGGAGAAGGAGCAGCUGGUUCCUGCCACAGUCAACUCCUGUGGGGAUGGGACCCUGGUACUCACCACAGACUAUGGAGAGGUGCUGUAUCUUCAGACAGCGGAGGUCACCAGGGAGAAGGUCUACGCCAUGCACCAGUCUAGUAUUGAUGGAGUGGAGGACAUGUCGGCCCUGGCUGAGCUCCACGAGGCUGCCAUCAUGCACAACCUGUACCAGCGCUACCAGAAGGACAACAUUUACACCAACAUCGGCAGCAUCUUGGCGGCGGUGAACCCGUACAAGCAGAUCUCAGGCAUGUAUGACCUGGAGCGGGUGCACCAGUACUCCAGGCACCAGUUUGGAGAGCUCCCCCCUCACAUCUUCGCCGUGGCUAACGAAUGCUACCGCUGCAUCUGGAAGCGCCAUGACAGCCAGUGUGUCCUCAUCAGUGGAGAGUCAGGAGCAGGAAAAACAGAGAGCACCAAACUGUUGCUCCAGUUCCUGUCUGUGAUGAGUCAGAACUCAGCUGGGACUCCUGCCUCAGAGAAGACCACACGGGUGGAGCAGGCCAUUGUACAGAGCAGCCCCAUAAUGGAAGCCUUUGGAAACGCAAAGACUGUUUACAACAACAACUCCAGUCGCUUUGGGAAGUUCAUCCAGCUGCACUUCUCUGAGUGCGGCAACAUCCAGGGAGGCUGUGUCAUCGACUAUCUACUGGAAAAGAAUCGCGUUGUACGACAAAACCCGGGGGAGAGAAACUACCAUAUCUUCUACGCACUAUUGGCAGGAGCUACAAAGGAGCAUCGAAGCCAGUACUUUAUGGAAGAAGGAGCCGAGUCUUUUCACUACCUCAGUCAGGCGGGAUGUUGUAAAGACAAGAGCCUGAACGACAAGGAGCUCUUCAACAGCGUCAUGGAAGCGCUGAAGGUGCUGCAGUUUAGUGAGGAGGAGAUCCGAGACAUGUUCAAGCUGCUGUCUGGAGUCCUACAGCUGGGCAACAUCGAGUUCAUGACUGCAGGGGGCGCUCAGAUCACCACCAAGCAAGUGGUCACAAACGUCAGCGAGCUCUUGGGCCUGGACGCCUUCCAACUGUCUGAAGUGCUGACCCAACGUUCUAUCAUCCUCAGAGGAGAAGAGAUCUGCUCCCCACUCACCAUCGAGCAGGCUGUAGAUUCCCGGGACUCAGUUGCCAUGGCGCUGUACUCCCAGUGUUUCUCGUGGAUCAUUCUCAAAAUCAACCAGAAAAUCAAGGGGAAGGAAAAUUUCAAGUCCAUCGGAAUUUUGGAUAUUUUUGGUUUUGAGAAUUUUGAGGUGAAUCGCUUUGAACAGUUUAACAUCAACUACGCCAAUGAGAAGCUACAGGAGUACUUCAACAAACAUAUCUUCUCUCUGGAGCAGCUGGAGUACAACAGGGAGGGGGUCCAGUGGGAUGCAAUUGACUGGAUGGACAACGCUGAGUGUCUGGAUCUAAUUGAGAAAAAACUGGGCUUGUUGGCUCUGGUGAAUGAAGAAAGCCGUUUCCCCAAAGGCACAGACUUCACUCUGCUGGAGAAGCUGCACAGUCGACAUUCAACCAAUCCGUACUACGUGAAGCCCAGGCUCGCAGACCACCAGUUUGGAAUCAAGCACUACGCUGGAGAGGUACUCUAUGAUGUGAAGGGCAUCCUGGAGAAGAACAGGGACACAUUCAGAGAUGAUAUUUUGAACAUGCUCAAGGACAGCAGACUGGACUUCAUCUACGACCUGUUUGAGAAAGUGGGCAGCAGGAACAACGAGGAGAAGAUGGGCACAGCCAGACGCAAGCCCACUGUCAGCUCCCAAUUCAGGGACUCUCUCCACGCUUUGAUGGCCACCCUGAGCGUCUCCAACCCCUUCUUCAUCCGCUGUAUCAAACCCAACAUGGAAAAGAAUCCAAACAAGUUUGACCCAGAGGUGGUUCUGAACCAGCUCAGAUACUCGGGCAUGUUGGAGACAGUGAAGAUCCGUCGUGCUGGUUUCCCAGUGCGCAGGACUUUCAAAGACUUCUUUUUACGAUAUAAAAUUAUUCUGAAGGACAAAGCGCCAAAGAACGGAGAUGAUAAGAAGAACAGCACAGACCUUCUAUUCAAAUAUGACAAGACCAAGAAAGAGUGGCAGCUGGGCAAAACAAAAGUUUUCAUGAAGGAAUCUUUGGAGCAGCGUUUGGAAAAAGAUCGAGACGAAAUCCGACGCCAGGCUGCCAUGAUAAUCCGCGCUCACCUCCUCGCCUUCUCCGCAAAGAAGUUCUUCAAGCGUGCCCGUGCCAGCGUCAUCACCCUCCAGAAGCAUUUGAGGAGACACAUUUUGAGAAAGCGAUUCGUGAAACAGAGGAAGGCAGUGCUGGUGCUGCAGAGACACCGCAGGGGGCAGGUCGCCAGGACCCGGGUCCGAAAACUGCGAGAGGAGAAGAAGAAGAAAGAGGAGGAGCAGAGGAAGAAAGAGGAGGAGGAGAAGAAGAAGGAUGGAGUAGAGGAGGGAGAUGGAAAGAAGGAUGAGUCGGUUGAGAAGAAGGCAAGUGGCAGCGCAGAUGAGACGAAGCAGAUGGAAGAAAUCUUGCAGCUGGAGCGUGAGAUCGAGCGUCUGCAGAAGAAGCGAGAGGAUGAGGUGUCUCAGCUGUGCGAGUCGUCCAAACAGGAGCUGCAGCUGCGGCGCGAUGCGGAGCUCAAACGCAUGAACAAAGAGGCGUCUCGAAAAGCCACCAGUCUCAUAGACGUGCUCAACUUCAGCGGGGUGGACCCUGCCCUGGCCGCUGCCUCCCCCAAACCUGCAGAGGAGAAGGCCAAGACCCCCAAAACAGCCUCAGGUCCCCCUGCUGGCGCCUCUAAGGAUGAAGAAGUGGAUGAGGGCUUCCACGCGGAGGAGGAGUGCAUCCCUCUGCCGGACUUCCCCCCUCCGGCAGAGAGCAACGCCCCUGUGGACCAGGACAUCUUCGCCAACCUACCGCCUCCUCCGCCCGCCUUCGCCGAGGGCACGGUGCCACCUGCCCCCCCUCCUCCACCCCCCUUACCCGCCAACGGUGGCCCUCCUCCCCCUCCGCCCCUCCCGCCGCCGGACGUCACCGGAGCUCCACAGCCCCCACCCCCUCCGCCCCUGCCCCCCACAGAGGAGCCCAAGCCCGGUCCGGACAGGAAGGUCAGCCUGGUGGAGAGUUUACCCGAUGGGGACGAGCCCAUUUACUCCAUGCCCGCCGACACCGAGUCGGACUACGACCAGGAGGAGGAGGAGGGGUCUGUUAACGCGGGUGACGACAGCAGCUCCGUAUCCGGGAGCAACCGUGGCAGCGCGGCGGUGGGAGACGACGAGCAUCCUCGCAAGUCCACGUGCACCAACGCCAGCAUAGAGUCCUACAGAGGCAGCUCGGACUCUUAUGCUGACAGUGACGAUGAGCAUGACGGCAUGAUGGACACGGAGGAAGACCUGACCACAGGCAGGGUCACUAUUCUGAACGGAAACGGACCUCCGUAUUUCCAUGGCUACCUCUACAUGAAAGCUGGUCUUAUGAUCCCCUGGAGGAGGCGCUGGUGUGUGCUGAAGGAUGAGACGUUCAUGUGGUUCCGCUCCAAACAGGACUCACUCAAGUCGGGCUGGCUCUACAAGAAAGGAGGAGGCCUGUCCACCCUGUCCCGGAGGUUAAACUGGAAGAUGCGCUGGUUUGUCCUGAGAGACGGAAAGCUGAUGUACUAUGAGAACGACAGUGAAGAGAAACUGAAAGGGACCAUAGACAUCCGAGCUGCUAAGGAGAUAGUGGACAACCAUGAGAAGGAGAAUGCACUCAACAUCGUGACGGAUGAGAGGACCUACCAAGUGUUUGCAGAGUCUCCAGAGGAUGCAAGUGGCUGGUUCAACGUCCUGACGAAGGUGCGAGUGUGUACACCAGAUCAGUUGCUGGACAUGGGGCAUGAACAGGCCAACCCAAAGAACGCUGUGGGAACUCUUGAUGUGGGGUUGAUCGACUCAGUGUGUGCUUCAGACAAUCCUGAUCGGCCCAACUCAUUUGUGAUCAUCACAGCCAACCGUGUGAUCCACUGUAAUAGUGACACCCCAGAGGAGAUGCACCACUGGAUUAGCCUGCUGCAGAAGCCCAAAGGAGACGCUCGCAUCGACGGACAGGAGUUCCUAGUCAGAGGCUGGCUGCAGAAGGAGAUGAAGACCAACGCCAAGAGCACGUCUCUGAAGCUGAAGAAGCGCUGGUUCGUACUGACCAGUGGCUCUCUGGAUUAUUACAAAAGCUCAGAGAAGAACUCCUCCAAGAUGGGCACCCUGGUCCUCAACUCACUGUGCUCUGUCAUUCAGCCGGAUGAACGGGUUCACCGGGAAACAGGAUACUGGAAUAUCAUUGUGUAUGGAAGAAAGCAUUCAUAUCGUCUAUACACCAAAAUGUUGAACGAAGCCAUGAGGUGGGCCGCUGCCAUUCAGUCAGUCAUCGACAGCAAGACGCCCAUCGAGACCCCCACACUGCAGCUUAUCAGGGACAUCAAGGAGAACAGUGUGAACCCGGAGAUCGUGGAUCAGAUGUACAGAAGGAACCCCAUCCUCAGAUACACACAGCACCCCCUGCACUCGCCCCUCCUGCCCCUGCCCUACGGAGAGGUCAUCAGCCUGCACCGGCAGCAGGGCUAUGCCAGUCUGCAGGACGAGGCUGUGCGGGUCUUUAACUCUCUGCAGGAGAUGGAGACAUUGGCCGACACUGUGCCCAUUAUACAGGGGAUACUGCAGACCUGCCAGGACCUGCGCCCGCUCAGGGACGAGGUGUACUGUCAGGUGAUCAAGCAGACCAAUCACGUGCCUCAGCCUAACAGCCCAGCCAACCGGGCGCACUGGCACCUGCUCACCUGCAUGAGCUGCACCUUCUUACCCAGCAGAGCCAUCCUCCGCUACCUCCGCUUUCACCUCAAGAGGGUCCGAGAGAGGUACCCGAACACAGAAAUCGAGCGCUACGCCACUUUCAUCGGGGAGUCCUUGAAGAAGACAAAGACGCGUGAGUUUGUUCCGUCACAAGAGGAGAUCGCCGCCCUGCUGGUGAGACAGGAGAUGAGCACCACGGUCUACUGCCACGGAGGAGGCUCCUGCAAGAUCUCCAUCAACUCGCACACCACAGCCGGAGAGGUGGUGGAGAAGUUGAUCCGGGGCCUGGCCAUGGAGGAGAGUAAGAACCUGUUCUCUCUGUUUGAACACAACUCCUUCACUGACAGAGCUCUGGAGAGCAGAGUCAUCGUGGCCGACGUGCUCGCCAAGUUUGAAAGACUGGCUGGCAGCGAGGAAGAGGAGGAGGAAGGAGAGUGGAAGCUUUACUUUAAACUCUACUGUUUCCUGGACGUGGAGAGCAUGCCCAAGGAGGGGGUGGAGUUUGCAUUUAUGUUUGAGCAGGCUCACGAGUCCCUGAUCAGUGGUCACUUCCCCGGCUCUGAGGAGACCCUGCAGCACCUGGCCUCCCUCCGCCUGCAGUACCUCCACGGGGACGGAGCGGGACGGGCCGGCUGGAGCUUAGGCACCGUCUACCCCAUCGGGCGCCUACGCAAUCGCAUCCUCCACUCCACCAAGCCCGGGGUGGGGGCCGGGGCCGGGGCAGGAGGGGCUGCUGGAGGGGCCGGGGAGGGGAAGGGAACAGCCGGGCCUGGAGGGGUCAGUGUCGGGACAGAGAAGAGGAAGACCCCCAGCUUCCUGGACGGGACGCUGAGGAGGAGCUUCAAAACAGGUUCAUUAAAGAAACAGAAGGUGGAGGAGGAGCAGAUGCUGGAGAUGUGGGUAAAAGAGGAGACCUCUGCCACCCGCACCAGCGUCCUGGAGAAGUGGACCCGGCUCCAGGGCAUGCCCCAGCACCAGGCCAUGCUCAAGUACAUGAGCAUCAUCAAGGAGUGGCCCGGAUAUGGAUCUACGCUCUUCGAUGUGGAGUGUAAAGAGGGUGGCUUCCCUCACGACCUGUGGCUGGGUGUCAGUGCAGAUAACGUGUCUGUGUACAAGAGAGGAGAGCCCAAACCUCUGGAGACCUUCCCCUACGAACACAUCACCUUCUUUGGAGCGUCACAACUCUGCACCUACAAGAUCAUCGUGGACGAAAGGGAGAUGUACUUUGAGACGGCAAUGGUGGGAGAGAUCUACAAGAUCAUGAGGGCUUACAUCAACAUGAUGGUGAAGAAACGCUGCAGCAUCAUGUCAGUGACCAGCGUGAGCAGUCCCUGGGUCAGGUGAUCACCACCGUCAUCAGGAGCUUGAUCCAGUGGCACCAGCUGAACGUAGCACAGG